UGGCCUUUGGCUUAUGUGCGCUGUGGUCUCUCUCCUUGGAAAGCAGUCCAGCGGUCUAUAUAUACCACUGACUGACUUGAACGUGAGCAACGGAGCAUCAGAGCAUAUCCAUUUCAUUUACGGCUCUCUGAACUCUGUAGUGAGUGUUUUGAGCUUCUUGGGAGAACCAAUGGCGGUUUUGGUGGUGGUUUUUGGGGUGGUUUUGGGGCUCUGUAUCUGCACUGCCCUGUUGAGAUGGAAUGAGGUGAGAUAUAGGAAGAAGGGGCUGCCUCCGGGGACAAUGGGGUGGCCUGUGGCUGGAGAGACUACAGAGUUUUUGAAGCAAGGGCCAAGCUUCAUGAGAAACCAGAGAGCAAGGUAUGGAAGCUUAUUCAAAUCACACAUAUUGGGCUGCCCUACGAUAGUUUCCAUGGAUCCAGAGCUCAACAGGUAUAUACUGUUGAACGAAGGAAAAGGUCUUAUUCCCGGUUACCCCCAGUCCAUGUUGGAUAUUCUGGGGAAAUGCAACAUUGCUGCUGUUCAUGGUCCACUACACAAGUCUAUGAGAGGAGCCCUGCUUAGCCUCAUAAGCCCUGUCAUGAUCAGAGAGCAACUUCUUCCAAAGAUUGAUAAGUUUAUGAGAUCCCACCUCAGUAACUGGGAUGGAAAAACUAUCGAUAUCCAAGAGAAAACGAAAGAGAUGGCUCUGUUGUCAUCACUCAAUCAGAUUGCUGGCACCGAAUCCAGUUUGAUAGCUGAAGGCUUCAAGCCAGAGUUUUAUAAACUGGUUCUAGGGACCCUUUCACUGCCAAUCAAUCUACCAGGGACAAAUUACAGACGUGGAUUCCAGGCACGGAAGAAUAUCAUUAGCAUGUUGAAAACAAUCAUAGAGAGAAGACGAGCCUCUUCAUCUAUCCACCAUGACAUGCUUGGUGGCCUAUUGAGAGGAGAAGACUCAAGAUACAAACUCAGUGAUGAGGAGAUUAUUGAUCAGCUAAUUACAAUCCUGUAUUCGGGUUAUGAGACUGUAUCAACCACUUCAAUGAUGGCUGUCAAGUUCCUCCAUGAUCAUCCAAGAGCACUUGAACAAUUAAGGGAAGAACAUUUAGAAAUCAGAAGAAGCAAGGGACCAGAGGAUCCAAUCAACUGGAAUGAUUACAAAUCCAUGAGUUUUACUCGUGCUGUGAUCCUUGAAACUGCAAGACUAGCUACCAUUGUUAAUGGAGUGCUGAGGAAAACAACUCACGAAAUGAAAUUGAAUGGAUUUGUUAUUCCAAAAGGGUGGAAAAUAUAUGUUUACACAAGGGAGGUCAACUAUGAUCCACUUCUAUAUCCAGAGCCUUUUACCUUCAAUCCAUGGAGAUGGCUGGAUAAGAGUUUGGAAUCGCACAACUACUUCAUGCUAUUUGGAGGAGGAAGCAGGCUAUGCCCAGGGAAGGAAUUGGGUGUAGCAGAAAUCUCCACAUUUCUUCACUAUUUUGUGACUAGAUACAGGUGGGAAGUUGGAGGAGAUAAGCUACUAAAAUUCCCUAGAGUUGAAGCACCAAAUGGACUUCAUAUAAGGGUUUCAAGUUAUUAAUUGUUCUUCAGAUGGAUGUACAGAAAUAUAGCAUUAUAGAAGUUUGGAUGUAAAAGAUGUUCCUACAGAUGAAUAAAAUGAGAUAACAAAAUUUUCCUUUUGUCGGCAAAACCAACAAACUGGCUCCUGAAUACGAGUAAAUGGCACCCUAGUCGUCAUAGCUCAUGUUAUCAAAUUACUGACAGAUGACUAAUUCCUACUGGAAGAAUCUAAAGACUCAAGAGGAGGAAUAUUUGAAAUACUUGCCCACCGUUUAACUGCCCAAGUAGAGAAAGCUAAUCAGGACCAACCCUGUUGACGAAAUUACAUGAAAAUCAAGAUUUGCUUACAGAGGGCCAUGUCCAGGAUCUUUGCAUUGGUACGAGACCUGUUGAACUGUUAAAACAACCUUGUCUAAUUAGUGGCUGAUUUCAGAAAAAAAAUGAGCUUCACGGGAUCGUUGUUUAACUUGUUUUUCUCGUUUCUUAACCUGUUACUGCUUGUUACGGCAACCGCUUGGCUCUCUCUAUCGCUGUAUCGCAUUCACAUCUGAAUCUGAGGCAACGCUAUGACAGCACAAGCUCACGUCGGCUUUCUGGCUGACUACUCUCAGCCCAUUCUGGUGCUAAAUGCUAACUUUUCUGAGGGCGUGAAGAGCAACCUAUUGCUAGUUGUUAACUUUCUAUACCUA